GCAGAAUGAAAAAUCUCAUAUAAAAAAAUUAAAUAUUUCUGCUGCAUGUGAAAUGUUAACUUCUUAUGUGUACUAUAACAAUAAAUGUGAGACAAUAAUCUAUAAUUUAGUGUAAUAUUUGUACGCGCCUUACGUGUAGGAGAAGCAAUGAAAAUAUGACGCGAAAAUAUGAUAUCAACUAUGUGCAGGCACCAGCAACAAAAUCAGUGUUUGUAGUGUCAGUGGAAAAUUGGCAAUUGCUGCGUACGUUUAUGUAAAUGCCGAGAACGACGGAUAAAAACAAAUUCGAGCUUUGUUUUUAAUAAACUCUGUGUGUGUGCGUGUGUGUGUGUGUGUGUACUGAGGAGCGCGUUCUCUCGUCUCAGUGCGAGAGUUGCAGCGAAAUAUUGGGGAAAAAGAGGCGCGAAAAAUUCGCAACAAAAUGGUUGUCUCAAAAGACAACAAGCGUCGCCGUAAGGAAACAGAUACGCCGCCAACGUCAUCGUCCGCGGCGUCGGCGGCGGCAGCAGCAGCAGCACUGGCUGUGGAGUCAUCACCCGAGAUGCCUAAAAGAACGAAGGUGCAGGCACAGCGUAAAUUCGCCCAAGGCCAGAGUGCGCCCAAUUCAGCCGGCGGUGGUGCAUUCAACGCUGCCAGCGUUGCAGCAGCCGCAGCAGCAGCAGCAACAGCGGCGGCAGCAGCUGCAGCAACAGCAUCGGGUUCCUCAUCGUCUGCUGGGCCAAGCACAUCGACAGCAGACAGCCUGCAACAGCAACAGCCACCGAUUGAGAUAUUGCCGAAUCAGCGCCCGAAACCGCAGGAUUUUCUAACGUUUCUCUGCUUUCGCAGUUUUCAGGGCAAACCCAAGGCCAAUGAUGCAGGUGCUCUUCCGCCCAGCAGCGAUGCUGUCAACAACAACAACACCACCAACAACAACAAGAAGAACAAUAGCGGCAGCAGCAAGAAGAAACGCGGCCGACCGGCCAAAAAACCAGGCACGGAGCAGAUGCCAACAAUGACUAAAACAGCAAGUGAUAAAAUUGAAGCAGCAGCGACGCCCACGCCUCCUCCGCCUGUCCAAUCUCAGCCUCAGUCUCUGCUGCUGGCUGGAGCAGUGCGUAAGCGUGCCGAGGUUAUUGCCGAGGGCAAUCGACGAGGAGGACGACGUCAGGAGACUUUAAAGCGUCGCUCGAAUCGCGCCGGUAACAAGGAAAAAGAUGAUGAACCGGAGCAGCAGCAGCAGCAGCAACAGGCGCAGCAGAAGCAGCAGCAGAAUAAUGCAGACGCAGACCAUGUCGAGGAGGAGGCGGAGGAUGACGAGGAGGAUGAAUUUUUUUCGGCGCAUGAUGCCAGCUCGCGUAAUGGUGGGGCUGCCGCCGUUGCCGAUGAGACGAUCUCCAAGUCGGAAACAAUGCAAUCAAAUACAAGACGUGGUCGUGGCAGAAAAUCGGUUGUGGCAGUAACAGCAGACUCACCUGUUGCAACCAACGAGAGCAGGGCCAGCAAGGAGAAGGAGAAGGGGCCCGUGAAACGUUUGCGUCAACAGCGUGAAUCACCCAUUUUCAUACCCUCCCCGGAAUCAUCGGGACGCAUGACGCGACAGCGUGCUUUUUUUGAGCCUGUCAAAGUGCCACCAAAGCAAGAGCCGUCAGAAGUGGAGGAGAAGCACGAGGUCGAACAGGAGCAAGAGCUGAAGGAACAAAAAAAGAGCAAGGAAAAGGAGCAGCUGCAGAAGCAGUCAACGCCAGCAGCAACAGUCGAGUCCAAGCAGCAGCAUCAGCACAUCAAGGAGAAAAUCAACUCGAGCAUUUAUGCCAAAGAUGCGGCCAAGCUAGAGAAUGGUGUCACCACAGCGACAGCUGCUGCGGCAGCGGAGCAACAAAAGGGUCUCAACGUCUUCGAUUUCAGCUCCGAUGAUGAGCAGCCGCUGGCCAAGGCCAUCAAGCUGAAAAAGGGUGGCAAAAAAACGGCAGUGAGUGCGGGCGGAGGACCAGGAGCAACUGCAGCAGUAGCUGGCACAGCAAAUGCACGCGGUCGCAAAUCAGCCGGCGGAUCGGCAAAAAAGCAACAGCGGCUGGAGGAAAAGGAAAAGGCAGCAGUAGCAGCAACACCGCCUGAAGAGCCGUUGAAGACAAAGCGUGGCAAGCCAUUAAAAAAGAAAGCAGCCGAGCCGGAAAACGACGAGCAGGGGGUGGAUGCCGAGGAGUCCGAUUUAAGUCCACCCUCGCCCAAAAAGCCAACAAACAAUAAUAAUGCACGACCCGUGCGUCGUCAGGCGGCACAGCUGAAAGUGCAGCAGCGCUCGCGGAGUCCAAGUCCGCAGCAGCAGCAGCGCAGUCAGCGUCCGUCGCGUAAGACGAAAGAAGCGGCUGCCAUCUACAUGGGCAUCAUUGGACACAAGUUGCAGCUGGCAGAUGACGAGGACGAUGAUCUGUCGCUGAGCAGCUUCCCAGACAUACCCAAUGUCAAGCAAAUGGAGAAAAUGGAGAAGGAGAUUAAAAAGAAUGCGGCGGGCAAACAGGCAAGCAAACCAACAGCACCAACAGCAUCAGUAGCAACAGCAAAAACAGCAGAAGUAGCAGCAGCAGCAGGAGAAGGAGCAGAAGCAGUAGGAUCAGCUGCUGCUGCUGCUGCGGCAGUUGAGCCAACAACUGAAAUGCCAGCAGCAGCAGAAGCGCCGCCGGCACCUCCUCCUGUACCGCGACGCGGUCGACCGCCCAAGCAAGCGAAAGGUGCAACAACCGCAGCGGGGGCAACAAGUGCAGCAACAGCAGUAGCAGCUGCAGGCACAGUCAAGCCUCAGAUUGAGGGCAUGCUGGUGAAGAAAGGCGCACUGGCGCUGGCCAAAGCAAAGUCCGAACAGCAACAAAAAAACCAACAACAACAAGAACAGCAACAACAACAACAGCAGCAGCAACAAAAAGUCGACUCCGAUGCCGAGGAGGAUUUUUUAAUCAACGAGGAGCUAAACGAAACGAAGCGCAAGCUCGAGAAGAGUUUCAGUGACUCGGAUGAUGAGCCGCUGGCAAUUAAAGUGCCAACAGCAACAGCAGCGGCAGCAGCAGCAGCAACAGCAACAUCAGCAGCAACAACAACAACAACAACAUCCACAGGUGCAACAACAAACACAGCAACCAAAGCCAGCAACAGCAGCAGCAAAACGGAAACAGCAGCAACAACUGUGACUCAAACAACGACAGCAACAACAGCAGCAACAACUGCAGCAGCAACAACUACAGUAACUGCAACAGCAACAACAACUACAGCAGCAGCAGCAGCAACAACAACAACUGUAGCAGCAGCAGCAACAACAACUGUAGCAGGAGCAACAACAAUUGCAGCAGCAGCAUCAGCAGCAGCUACUUUAAAGCCACCACAACUGGGCGUCGCAACAGCCACGCCCAUAACGCCAUUAACCAUGCUGCCGCUGACAACAAAGCCCAGUCCAUUUUCCAUAUCGCCACCGAGCUAUGCAUCCGCAGCAGCCACACUGAAAGCAAUGGAAAAGAAAUCACCCGUGCCCACCUCGAAGAUAUUAAAUGUGCCUGCCACGUAUGCGUUGCCCGGCAGCGGAACAAUUGGCAUGGGUGUGGGUGCCGUUGGUUUUGGGAAGAGCACAUCGUAUUUGCCGCAGGCAUCGCCACACUAUCAAUCCCCGUAUGUGCGUCCACCGACGUUUUGUGCCGCUGCAGGUGCGGCUGCUGCCAUUGGCAAUAAGACGCCGCAUCCGCAACAGCAGCAGCAACAGUUGCUGGCAGCGACAGCAGCGGCGGCGGGGGCGGGGGCAACAAGCACAGCCCAGCAGACAUCGACACCACUCAAAUAUCAAACGGCGCCCACAAUCUAUCCGCCACCCAUUGAGGCGUAUCAGUGUCCCAAAAUCAAUCCCAAUUUUCUAACGCCCAAAUAUGAUCGGGCGAGCAUUUUGCCGCGUGUCAAUAACAAUAAUAAUGCGGUGACCAUUAGCAAUACAAGCGGCAGCAAUUUUACGGCGCCAACAAUUGCAAGGCCAACACUGAGCACACUGUCCACGCCCACCACACACGCUGCUGUUGCAGCGGCGGCAGCUGCAACUGUUGCAACAAAGGCAACGACUGCCGUUAGUCAAAGUCUUAGUUUGACCAUAACUGCAACGCCGCCAGCUGUGGCAUCCACAUCCGCAGCAGCAGCGGCCGCACAACAGCAACAACAAUCACAACAGCAGCAGCAACAACAGCAGCCGCAACAACAACAAUCACAACAACAACAGCAGCAACAACAACAGCAGCAGCAACAGCCACAUCCACAACAACAAUCGCCAGCGUUAACAAUGACACCAACGACGAGCACCAACAACAAUUCGGAUCCGUUGAAAGAUGAAAUUGGCAGCAUUCUGGCACAGGCAACACUCAUGCCCAGCAAGGAGGAGUCGGGCAAGAUCUUUGGCAUUGCCAGCGUGAGUCUGGCACAAAGUUCCGGGCCGGAUAACACCAAAUGUACGCUCGGCAAAUGUGGAUCGAUACACAAACCGGUGCUGGGACCCGUUGUGCCCACAGAGGCCUACUUUGGUGACCAGUUGUCGGGCAAGGAGCGUCGCAAGGCCAAGGUGAAUAUGACACACGAACAGAUCCAAAAGUGGCUCAUCGAGUGCAGCUCGAAUCCCGAUGAGAUCCAGGAUGAUCUCGAUGAUGAGUACGACGACAGUUUGAGGCCGCAACAGUCACAAACGCCGCCGGGUCCGACGCGUGACGAUAAGGAGAGCACCAGUUUCAGCAGCUCCUCGAAGAAUACACGCGGCGAGCUCGGCAAAAGUGAGAGUGCCUGGUCCGCCAAGGGGCCAUCCUUGAAAGCGACACCGGUCCUCGUCAGCGCUGUGUCAGCGGCAACAGCAGCAGCUGCAGCAGCAGCAGCAGCCAAUCUGCGGGAUACUGUGGACACUGAAUCGGAUACCAUGGACUUGGAUAAGUGUGUGACGCCCGUGAAUCUCACCCAGAAAAAGGAAGUGUCGGCUGCCGCAGCAGCAGCAGCUGGAGCAGCUGCCAACAGCAGCAGUGAUAAAAGGAAGCCGAAGAAUGCGGUUAAAGCAACAGUUGCUGCUGCUGCUGCUGCAGGGGUUGCAACUGGCAGCAACAAUAAGCGAGGUGGUGGAGCAACAGCUGCUGCCAACAAACGCCUUGCAGCUGCCACAAAGCUGUCGACGCCAACGCCCACCAAUAGCAGCAGCAAUACGCCCACCUCAGCAACGGCAACGACAACAACACUGACAACAACAACAAUGUCAGCUAAACGAACGCCCAUCUAUCAGAGCAGCCCAGGCAAAGCCAAGCUGGACAACAACAACAAGAAGCAGCAGCAGCAGCAAAAGUUGCCAGCCAAAACUUCAGUUUAUGCCUUUGGCAAGGAAGAGGAGACAACAACAACAACAGCAGCAACUGUAAAGAAAACAGCAGCAACAGCAACUGUUGCUACUGCAUCUGCUGCUGGCAACAAGGCGACAAAUCGUCGCCGCAAUCUUGAAGUGGAAGCAACAGCAACAAAAACUGCAACGCCGCCGCCAGCGUUAAGCGAACGUUCGCCGACUAAAAAGCGUGCGGCUGCCACAGCGGCAGCAACAGCAGUGCAACUGACGCUCAGCCCAACGGAUAAGCUGGAGAAGCCCAAGGCAGCAGCAGCAGCAGCGCGCAAGAAACAACAGCAGCAGCAGCAAAAGCAACAGCAGCAAAAGGAGCAGCAAGCAGCAGGAGCAACAACAGCCAGUGCUGGUGGAGAUUCGGAUGCAGAGGGUGCCACCUUUUACAUACCACUUUUGCAAGGCGCAAGCAGUGGCGAUGGUGGCAUUCAAGGCGUUGCCGUCAAGCUGGGACGCGAGGGACCCGAUGGACCCAAUCAAAAGGUGGUGAUGCAAGCGACGCUCGUGACCAAGGCGCAAAUGGACACGAACUCAGCGAAGCCGCUGCCCGACAAUGAGCAGCUGGUCAAAACGCUGCUCAAUGCGGCCAACACAAACACCAAUGAGCCAACAACGCCCAGCAACAAUAGCAACAGCUUAAAAGCCAGCACCUCAGCAGCAGCUGCAGUUGCAGUUGCAGCAGCAGCAGCUGCCGCAGUAACGGGAGCGGCAACAACAACUGCUUCUGGUAAUCUAGUCCGCGUCAAUUCCAAUUCAUCACUCUUCUCUGGCUCAGCCAAAUCCCGUACAGCUGCCACUGCUGCAGCAGCUGCUGUGAUGGCCGCCACGAAUGCGCUGGCCAAAAAGUACAAAGAUGAUACGCCCAUUAAGAUGGCCAAUAAUACGGCAUUCCCCAGGCACGAUGAUCCCACACAAAUGGUCGAGGCGCCCAUUUUUAAGCCCACCGAAAAGGAGUUCGCUGAUCCCAUUGAGUUCAUUGAGCGCAUCACACCAAUCGCCGCCAGAUUUGGCAUCUGUAAGAUAAUACCGCCCGCCAGCUUUAAGCCGGAGUGUCGGAUUUCGGAUGAGAUGCGAUUCACGGCGUAUAAUCAGUAUGUGCACAAGAUGUUGCAUCGCUGGGGACCCAGUGCCAAGGAGUUGAGUGCCAUCAAAAAGUAUUUGGCUACGCAGAGCAUUGUGAUGAAUCAUGCGCCCUGGAUUGGUGGCAUGGAGGUGGACUUGCCGCGUCUCUAUCACACCGUGCAGGAGCUCGGCGGCCUCAAGGAGGUCAUCGAGAAGAAGAAAUGGGCACGUGUCGCCGAAGAGAUGUGUAUACCAAAGCUCGCCCAGGAUCGGGUCACCAAACUGGAUGACAUUUACUGCAAGUACUUGUUGCCCUACGACACCCUCUCCCCGGCGGAACGCCAAAAACUCUUCGACGAGGUCGAAGCGGAUUGGGCCAAGCGAGAGGCACGCGCCCGUCGCAACGCGGAUCGCUUUGUCAAUUCAACGGAGAGCGUUUCUAAUGUCGAGGAUGAUCUAUCCACCGAUGAGGAUGAUGAAUCCGAGGAGGAACUCGACGGUGUCUCCAUGGAGUGCAUUGUCAAGGGUCGCAGCAUGCCACUCAGUCAAUUCUAUCGGAUUGCGCGCAACACUAUGGCGCUGUGGUUCAAGAGCACCGAUCCUACCGUUAACGAGGUGGAGGCGGAAUUCUGGCGACAUGUCGCCGUCCGCGAUAGUCAUGUGUGUGUGCAUUCCGGCUCCAUUGAUAGCUCCGGCUGGGGAUAUGGUUUCCCGAGUCCGGGUCCCAAGGGCAAGGGUUCGAAUUAUGCGCGUCACCCGUGGAACCUGAAGGUGCUCACAAAUAAUGCGGGCUCGGUGCUGCGCUCGCUGGGACCUGUUAUGGGCGUCACAGUGCCCACACUGCAUGUGGGCAUGCUCUUCUCCGCCUGCUGUUGGUAUCGGGAUCCUCACGGUCUGUCCUGGAUCGAGUAUUUGCAUACGGGCGCCUCCAAGCUCUGGUAUGGCAUACCCGACGAUCAGAGUGCCAAUUUCCGGUCGGCACUCACGUCUCUGAUUCCGACGCACUGUCAGAACAAGACCAUUUGGUUGCCCUGUGAUACGGUGAUGGUGCCGCCGCACAUGCUCACCGAUCGCGGUGUCUCACUGUGCCGCAUCGAGCAGAAACCGGGCGAGUUUAUUGUUGUCUUUCCGCGCGCCUACACCUCCAGUCUGGCCACCGGCUAUGUGGUCUCCGAGAGCGUUUACUUUGCCACCAACUCAUGGCUGGAUCUGGCCAAGGAUGACUUUAGGGACAUCCAUGAGAGCUGUGAGCCGGCCAUGUUCUCACUGGAGCAGCUGCUCUUUGCUUUGGGCUACGAUCAGCGCGUCAAUUCGGACACAUUGCAUCAGAUGCUGCCCAUGCUAAACGAUGUGUGCGAGAAGGAAUCGGCGGCACGUGAACAGCUUAGAGCCGCGGGCGUCACAGCCAGCGAAAAAGUGCAGGCGGAGAAGGGACAAAAGGGGACGAAGAAGCAACAGCAGCCGCCGCACAAAUCCAUCGAUAGCGAAUGCGAUCUGUGCCGUGCCAAUCUGUACAUAUCGAUGGUGCGCACCGAGGAUGGCAACAUCUACUGCUUGCAGCAUGCCCUCAAGAAUAUCAACAGUGGCAAUGUGCAACCGAAAAUUUGCAAACUGGUCUACGCCUACAAUGUGGACGAUGUGCAGCAACUGAUCCGCCAGUUGCAGGAGAAGAUUAAUCAGAUGCAUCACAAGGCGGCCGUUAAGAAAAAGUAGCAUCGACGACGGUAUCGCUACUAAGCCAGCGCAAUAAUUAUAAAGAUAAAGAUACCGAUUAGUUGAACGAUCUGACAGACGACGAUGAUCUUUGUACAUACAGCAACAUAUAUGCAUAGUUGUAAUUAUAAAUUAUAGUAUAUACAUAUAUGUGUAGGUUUAUUUUCAACGUGGCAAUGCUUGCAAUUUUGACUAGUUUAUAAAGAACUUUUAUAUAUACAUUAUAUAUAUGUAUAUAUAUAUGUAUGAUAUGUGCGCAUCUGUGUGUAUAUAUGUUUAGAAAUUAAUAUGGUUAAGAUGUAACACGUUUGCAAUGAUUUUUGU